AUGGAGGUUCUACUAAAUCAACAAGAAACAUACGACCAACUGUACAACUGCACCUUUUACGAUCCAAACGUAGUACCAGUUGAAGAACGACAACAACCAGUCUUGGCUACCAUAAUAUUCCCAAUAGGUACAGUAUCCUUCAUACUGUACCUGGCUUGUCUCUAUGCCAUGUUCAAGAAGGACAAUAGAUGUAGAGCGAGCUAUAAGCUAAUGAUAUUAUUGGCAUUCUUUCAUCUGUAUGGCAUCAUAUUGAGUGGCAUGGUAACGGCCUACUUCUACUUUUAUGGUACGGUGUUUUGUGAGAUGCCUACGUUGAUAUAUGUCCUGGGGGCUUAUGGCACUGGUAGGUUUGAUAAAUUAACCAAAAAUUUUAUUUCUUUGAUGUAAAGGUUCAUUUAAACCGCAAUUUAAAAAAUUUUUACUAAUAAGUGCUUAAAAAAGAAAAACCUUAAGGACGCAGGCUGCGCCGGCAAUUUUAUAUAAUGCAAGGUGUCGUAUUUUACAAAAACUAAAAUUUUUUAUAUUUUUAUUUUAAAAUUAAAAAAAAUAAGUAUAAAUUCAAUUAUUUUGCUAAAAAAUAUUUUUUUAUACAAGGUUUUUAGCUUCGCAGACUGCGCAGACCAUGUUAUACGAUGAAAAAUGUCCAAAAAAGACAAAUUUUUAAAAUCUAAAGUUAACAAAACUAUAAAAAUGUCACUUCUUGUCUUAAUUUUCCUUCGAAUAUUAUUAAAUUUCAUUUAAAAUAACAUAAAACAAGCUUUUUGUUGCAGUCUGCGUCGACCAUUUUAUACGAUGGAACAUUUCCGGUCGCUUUUCUUAAAAACGUUUGUUUUAUUAUUUUAAAUUUAACCAAUUUUUGUUAUCAAAAAUGAUUUAAAAUUUUAUUUUUAUUUUUACUAUUUUAUACGAUAAAACAUGUCCAACAUAAUUUUUUUUAAAUUUUAAAAAUUUUAAAAAAAUUUUAAUUUUAAAAAAAUUUAAAUUUCAGCUUCUAAAAGCCGUAAUUUUAUUAAAAAUUUUGAUUCUUUGGUAAAUUUACGGUAACCCAUACAGUAAUCUUCUAUUUUCAGCCACCUGGAUCGGCGCCACAAUAACCGGCUGUCUGUUAAGUCUGAACCGUUGUUGUGAGAUGUACAGUCAUUACGUAGCCGAGAAGUUGUUUGGCAAUAGCAAAGUGUACUUUUGGAUGUUGAUACCAGUCAGCAUAUACCUUUACUGUUUCGUAUUUACCGAGCCACUACUGUUUAGUGGUAUAGCUAUGUCGUGGUACUUCAACCCGCACCACAAGUACUAUGAUGAUGUUGGUGGUGUGUACCAUAACAACUUGCAUACUCUGAACAAUACGGUUACUUUGUUCUUGGAGAUUGUUUUCAGCUUGACAUUUGUAUACCUUUACAUUUAUCGGGUUAAGGCUGGUGCUACCCGAAUGUCUACGAGCGAUAAGUUGGUAGGGAAUUUCAUUUUUAAGUUUAUAUAUACAACAGUAUGCUAAGAGAAGAGUAGGGCUAAAUCGUGACAAGAGUAGGGUAGACUUACAGUAUGACAAGGUAAGGUGGAAAUACAGUUUGACAAAGGUAGGGUGGGACUACAGUAUGACAAGGGUAAGGCAGAGAUACGAUGUGACAAGAGUAGGGUAGGGGUACGGCAUGCCAAGAGUGAGGUAAAGCUUUAGUAUGACGCCAGUUAAGUAAGACUACAGUAUGACAAGAGGGGGGGGUUAAAGCUUCAGUAUACCAAGAAUGUGGUGAAGCUACAGUAUGACAAGAGUAGGUAGGACUACAGUAAGCUUAUAGUAAGAUAGAAAAACCACAGGUGAUACAGUAUGACUAUAGUUAAGAAGAAGAACUACAGUAUGACUAGGAUAAGAUAGGGUAGGGUAGGGUAGGGUAGAGUAGGGUAGAGUAUGGUAGGGUAGGGUAGGGUAGGGUAGGGUAGGGUAUACUCAUCUGCUUAUUCCAGAUGUGUUUACAAGUCUUCAUUAUUGGCUUGUUCGAGUUGUUUGCUGGAGUGACGUUUCUGUUACAACAAAGAUAUUCGCUUAGCUUCGAGUUGACCAUGGUGGCUGGUGUUGGCUAUUUUGGAUCACAAGGUGUGUUUUUAGUUAGAAAAUGGAGAAAAUAA